AAGCGAGCGUUUCCGCAUUUUCGACUUCGUCGUUGUCUGUUCUGUGUCGUCCAUCAACGGUUCUCGGUCGUGAUUCUGGUUGGAAGAUGAAACGCUUACAAACACCUCUUCGAACGUGCUUAAUCCGAGGAACGUUUUUCCUCUGCUUCUUAUGCAUCCCGUGGCGCGGACAAUCUCUUUUCCUGGGUGAUAGAAACGUUACGAAUUCGACGAGGAAUCACUCCGUUGGACGUGAACAGGAAUCCUUCUAUUCCGCUUCCAUUGAUAAGGCAUUAUCUUCAACGUCGACGAGAUGCAUCGGACCGAGCGAGAAAACUGGACGCUGCGAAUACCUGACCACGUGUUUCCUUCAGGAAUACCGAUCGAACUUCACCCUCGCGAUGAAACACGCGUGUACGAUUGACGAAGCCUACGUUGGCGUGUGUUGCGAGGUGUCAAAGAAUUUGGUCGUCGAGGAGGAACUCGCCAAUAUUUUGCCGCUGAUUGCCGUGAACGUUGAAAAAUCGAAGGAAACGGGGAUCGGCGCUGACGCGAGUAGAAUCGUUUGGAUGGCAGAGAGCACGACGUAUCGAGCGGAGAAGAAACCGGAAAGACCUCGAGGAUGCGGAACGAGUUCAAACGGUCGAACCAGGCUGGUGGGCGGUGAACCGGCCGAUCCCAGAGAAUGGCCAUGGAUGGUGGCUCUUCUCAGAAAGGAUCAGAUCCAAUUUUGUGGCGGGGUACUCGUCACCGAUAGACACGUGUUAACCGCGGCUCAUUGCGUGAACAGGUACGAACGCGAAGAAAUCAGAGUCCGGCUGGGCGAGUACGAUUUCGACACGUCCGAAGAGACCAGAGCCUUGGACUUUUCGGUGUCGGAGACACGGGUCCAUCAGGACUUUGAUCCCGUUUCGUACGAGAACGACAUCGCGAUCGUGAAGAUGCAUCGACCGACCGUGUUCGACAGCUACGUUUGGCCCGUCUGUUUGCCGCCGAUCGAUCAAACGUUCGAAAACAAGAGCGCGAUCGUAACCGGUUGGGGUACCAGUUACUACGGCGGUCCCGCCAGUACGGUGUUGAUGGAAGUCGAGGUUCCCGUAUGGCCUCAGGCCAGCUGCGUUCAAAGUUUCGUUCAACGAAUACCGAGGACGGUGAUGUGCGCUGGCGCUUACGAAGGUGGACGCGAUGCUUGCCAGGGCGACUCCGGGGGACCGCUGCUGCAUCGGUUGGAAAACGGGAAAUGGGUGAACAUCGGGAUAGUAUCUUGGGGGAUACGUUGCGGCGAGCCUGGACGUCCUGGUAUAUACACGCGGGUCAGCUCUUACCUGGAUUGGAUAUUCGAGAACGCUGUCUUUUAACUGGUUUGGACUUGGACGGGUUAGGUCGGAGGAUUGUAAAAAGAAAAUUCGAUUGACGUUUGGAAACAAUGAAAUUUUAUUUUAGGAAUAUCGAUCGUUACAACGUUAAAAGAGAUUGACACGAAUAGAGAGAAAUUCGAUCUUCGGGACGCGGGUCGUGCUCGAUUCUCGUACUUUCGUUUUACGGCGUGUACCACGCGCGUAUACGCGUACCUGAUACCUCUAGCAUGCGACCAUUUUGCGCAUAGCCAAUAGUCAAGCUAUAGAUACGGCCGUGAUUUUCGGACGAGGCCCCGCCUCUACUUUUACACACCGAUAUCUAACUUUAACUCUUCAUAAAUAUAAAUAUAAGUGUAUACGAUUA